UGUGACGAUAAUACCCUUAGAUAUAUGUGAGAAUAACUAGUGUGUCCCUUUAUGCCCAACCCGAGAUCCAUUCUAAACAACUUCAGAGGCGGACAUCCGAGCUGUUCGAAAACUAUACAACUUGGGCUCCUCCUUCUCUCCAAUAUCUCACCGCAUUUACAACAAGCACAAGGCGAAUAGUCAAGGCCUAUAUGCGUUAUCUCCAUGGGGAAAAAGUAUUCGUUGUCAUUUCUCAGUGGGAAAUUGCCAAGCCGGGUCUAGUGCUUCAUCUGAUACGUCUGGUGCGUCAUGCUGACAGAUGAAGUUUGAAGUUGUUUUGCAGUAUUAUUGUUUGUGGAAAUGUCUGGAUUAGAGGAUGGUGCUGGACUAAGCCACCAAGAAUUCCAGAGAUGGCAAAAUGGAGGUGGGCAAUUCCACAAGUCAGCUUGCAUUGAUCCGACAGCACUCAUAGAGACUGGUGCUAUAGUUCAUCCAAAAUCCGUUGUAGGUGCAUAUGUUCAUAUCGGAUCGGGAACUGUAAUCGGACCUUCUGUUACAAUUGGCCAAUUGACAAAAAUAGGAUAUAAUGUCGCACUCAGUAAUUGCAGCAUAGGCGAUUCAUGUGUAAUCCACAAUGGAGUUUGCAUUGGUCAAGAUGGAUUUGGUUUUCUUGUGGAUGAAAAGGGGGACAUCGUUAAGAAGACUCAAUUGCUGGAUGCUAGGGUGGGGAACCAUGUGGAGAUUGGUGCAAAUACAUGUAUUGAUAGGGGGAGUUGGAGAGAUACAGUUAUAGGGGAUCAUUCAAAGAUAGAUAAUUUAGUUCAGGUUGGUCAUAAUGUAGUUGUUGGGAAAAGUUGCAUGCUUUGUGGACAAGUUGGGAUUGCGGGUUCAGUGACGAUAGGAGACUAUGUUACUUUUGGGGGAAGGGUAGCAGUCCGGGAUCACGUUUCCAUUGUUUCAAAGGUCAGGCUUGCUGCUACUAGCUGUGUCACCAAGGAUAUCAAAGAACCUGGGGAUUAUGGCGGCUUCCCUGCUGUUCCAAUUCAUGAGUGGCGAAGACAAGUUGCUUCACAAUCUUGGGCAUCAAAGAAAAAUUAAGAGUUGUGAGAUGAUUUAAUGGUGUGCUUGUUUGGGUUCUGUCUGAGUGCUGACUAGAGGAGUCAAAUGAUAUGCCAACUCUAGGAGAUUGCUUACCUAGAGAAGUACUGCACUUGCCACUGUGUUGUAGUAGAGGCGUGGCAUAAUUUCUUCUUUGGUAUCUUUUUUUGAUAGGGUGGGUUUCUUCCAUGUGCCCGCCUUCAAACCUGGUGCCCUCGAUCUUUGUACUCUCUAAACAUUCUAUUAUUCUUUUCUUAUUGUCCUUCGAAAGGGCUGGUGAGCCAAUUGGACCUAAUCCUUUCUUCUCUCUUUGUUUAGAUAUGUAGUAAUUUUAAAGUCUGAUUGGAGCUA